AUGGUGCAACGCUUUGGGAAGAAGAACCUCGUGUUGGCAAUCUUUGCCAUUCUCUACGCCUUUUUAUUUGUCAGUGGGCCAUCUCUUAUUCAAGCGGUCAACGCUGAAGAUGAAGACGCCGUCGACAAUUACGGAACCGUCAUUGGUAUCGAUUUGGGUACCACUUACUCCUGUGUCGGUGUCAUGAAGUCCGGGAAAGUUGAAAUUUUAGCUAAUGACCAAGGUAACAGAAUCACUCCAUCCUGGGUCAGUUUUACUGAAGAAGAAAGAUUGGUUGGUGACGCUGCCAAAAAUCAAGCAGCUGCCAACGCUAAGAAUACCGUUUUCGACAUUAAACGUUUGAUUGGUUUGAAAUAUAACGACAAGUCUGUCCAAAAAGAUUUGAAACACUUGCCAUUUUCUGUUGUAAAUCAAGACAAUAGACCAGUGGUUCUGGUGGAAUACAAAGGUGAUGAAAAGAAAUUCACCCCAGAAGAAAUCUCCGCCAUGAUUUUAGGUAAGAUGAAGUCUAUUGCUGAAGAUUACUUGGGUAAAACAGUCACCCAUGCCGUUGUCACUGUUCCAGCCUACUUCGACGAUGCUCAAAGACAAGCUACCAAGGACGCUGGUACCAUUGCUGGAUUGACCAUUUUACGUAUUGUUAAUGAACCAACCGCUGCCGCCAUCGCCUAUGGUUUGGACCAAAAGGGUGAGCGUCAAAUUGUCGUUUACGAUUUGGGUGGUGGUACUUUCGAUGUUUCCUUGUUGUCCAUUGAAAACGGGGUCUUUGAAGUUUUGGCUACCGCCGGUGACACUCACUUGGGUGGUGAAGAUUUUGAUUUCAGAGUUGUCAGACAUUUCCAAAAGAUCUUGAAAAAGAAGUACGACGUUGAUAUUACUGGUAACACCAAGGCCAUGGGUAAGUUGAAGAGAGAAGUUGAAAAGGCCAAGAGAACUUUGUCCUCUCAAAAAUCUACCAGAAUUGAAAUCGACUCUCUCGCCGAUGGUGUUGACUUCUCUGAAACUUUGACCAGAGCCAAGUUUGAAGAAUUGAACAUUGAAUUGUUCAAGAAGACUUUGAAACCAGUUGAAAGAGUCUUGAAGGAUGCUGGUGUCAAGAAGGAUGAAAUCGACGACAUUGUUCUCGUUGGUGGUUCUACCAGAAUUCCAAAGGUUCAAGAGUUAUUGGAAAAGUACUUUGACGGUAAACAACCUUCUAAGGGUAUUAACCCAGAUGAAGCUGUUGCUUACGGUGCUGCCGUCCAAGCCGGUGUCUUGUCUGGUGAAGAAGGUGUUGAAGAUAUCGUGUUGUUGGAUGUUAAUCCUUUGACCUUGGGUAUUGAAACUACCGGUGGUGUGAUGACUAAAUUGAUCAACAGAAACACUGCUAUCCCAACCAGAAAAUCCCAAAUUUUCUCCACCGCUGCUGAAAACCAACCAACCGUGUUGAUUCAAGUUUACGAAGGUGAAAGAACUUUGGCCAAGGACAACAACUUGUUAGGGAAGUUUGAAUUGACUGGUAUUCCACCAGCUCCAAGAGGUGUUCCACAAAUUGAAGUUACUUUCAACUUGGAUGCCAAUGGUAUCUUAAAGGUCAACGCUGUUGACAAAGGUACUGGUAAGGCUGAAUCUAUUACUAUCAAUAAUGAUAAGGGUAGAUUGUCUAAGGAACAAAUUGAAAAGAUGGUUGAAGAGGCUGAAAAGUACGCCAGCGAAGAUAAGGAACUUAGAGAAAAGAUUGAAGCUAAGAACGCCUUGGAAAACUACGCUAUCAGUUUGAAAAACCAAAUUACCGAUGGUGCCUUAGCUGAAAAGUUGGACGAAGACGACAAGGAAACUUUAGAAGAUGCCGUUAAGGACACUCUUGAAUGGUUGGAAGACAACUCUGAUGAUGCUACCAAAGAAGAACUUGAAGAAAAGAAGGAAGCCUUGUCCAAGGUUGCUUACCCAAUAACUUCUAAGUUGUACGGUAGUGCCCCAGGUGCUGAAGAUGAAGAUUUCGAAGACGACGAAGAUGAAGAUGAUGACUUCUUGCACGAUGAAUUGUGA